GUUUCUACUUCCGGUUCACUUGACGCAACGUCCGUGUGCCCUCACCACACUUGCAGUUUUUGUUCCCAUCUCCAAACCAAACGAGCUCCUUCAAAAUACUCUCAUCGGUGUCCCGCAGACGUUACCAAAGAAAAUCUUCACCCUGAGAAGCACAAUCCCCUCCACGUUAAACAGGAGCCGGAGUCGGAAAUGCCGUACAUCAAACAGGAAUCGGUGCCACACAAUCCCUACGUUAAAGAAGAAGAACAAGAAGCUGAAAUCUCCAAGUUUCCAAUGACCGUCAGUGUGAAAAGUGAAGAAGAUUAAGGUCCAAGCGAAGAGAGUGGAGCAGUGAAACAGUCGAGCGACGGCUCAUUUCAGCACAUGGCAACAAAAGGAGAGGGACAAUCGCAACCGGCCGGCCUAUUAGCUACACGCUCGGACAGCGACAACGUAACGUCACGCUCUUCUGACUUUAACGCUGAUGAGGAGGAUGUUGACUUUGAGCAGAGUGAUUGGAAAUUCUUCAACAAGUCAUCAUUGAAAAGAGACAAAAACGAACGUGCGGGUGGGAAACCGUUUGGUUGCGCACUUUGCAACAAAGGAUUUUCUCGAAAGACGAAUUUAGAAGUGCAUCAGGGGACACACAUUAGAGAGAAACCUUUUGACUGCUCGCUUUGUGGCAAAAGAUUCACACAGAAGGCACUAUUAAACAAGCACACAAGAAGCCACACUGGAGAGAAGCCUUUUGUCUGCACACUUUGCAACAAAAGAUUUUUUCAGAAGUCUCAUUUAAUUACACACAAGCGUACACACACUGGAGAAAAGCCUUUUGUCUGCACGUGUUGUGGUCAAAGAUUCGCCGAGAAAGGAAAUUUAAACCAACAUGUGAGAACACACAAUGGAGAGAAGCCUUUUGCAUGCUCCUUAUGUGAGAAAAGAUUUUAUUUUCAGUCUCAGUUGACAAGGCACAUGCGUACACACACCGGAGAUAAGCCUUUUGUCUGUACAUGCUGUGGUAAAAGAUUCACAGAGAAGAGAAAUUUCAACAGACAUGCAAGAACACACAUUGGAGAAAAGCCUUUUGUCUGCACAUGUUGUGGUAAAAAAUUCAUCGACAAGGUAGAAUUAAACCAACACAUCAGAACACACACUGGAGAAAAGCCUUUUGUCUGCUCACUUUGUGGCAAAAGAUUCACACAGAAGGCACAUUUAAACAAACACACAAGAAGCCACACUGGCGAGAAGCCUUUUGUUUGCACACUUUGUAACAAAAGAUAUUCUCAGAAGGCUCAUUUAAUAAUACAUAAGCGUACACACACUGGAGAAAAGCCUUUUGUCUGCACAUGUUGUGGUCAAAGAUUCGCCGAGAAGGGAAAUUUGAAACAACACAGAAGCACACACAGUGGAGAGAAGCCUUUUGGCUGCUCUCUUUGUGGUAAAAGAUUCACUCGAAAGGGUGAUUUAGUAUCGCACGCAAGUAGCCACACUGGGGAAAAACCUUUCGCCUGCUCCUUAUGUGAGAAAAGAUUUUAUUGUCAGUCUCAGUUGACAAGACACAUGCGUACACACAAUGGAGAAAAGCCUUUUGUUUGCACAUGUUGUGGGACAAGAUUCACCGAGAAGAGAAAUUUAAACAGACACGUAAGAACACACACUGGAGAAAAACCUUUUGGCUGCUCAAUUUGUGGUAAAAAAUUCACUCAAAGGCGAGAUUUAGUAUCGCACGCAAAAAGUCACACUGGGGAAAAACCUUUCAAUUGCAGUGUUUAACAAGAUAUUGAAAUUCCUGCCACAUAUUUUCUUAUUCAGUUUCCCUUGAGGCUCUUUUGAAAAGUUGUUGAAAUGAUUUUGCUGGUCGUGGUCUUUCACAACUAACCAAUAUUCUUGUUUUUACACUUUUUUUUUUUUUUUAUCGAAUGAACUAGGUUUAUUUUAGGUUGGGUUACUUAAUAUCAAAAUUGAUCUUCUGUUUUAUAUUAUGACUUUUCUGAUAUUUUGAUUUACUCAAAUUUGGCUUUGUCUCAUCUGUUUGUUGCUUUUGUAAACUCUGUUGUAUAGUGACCUUGAAUGUCUUGAAAGGAUUUAUGAAAUGAUACGUAUUACACUGGUCAACAGUCAAAUUUGUGCAUGAAAUAUUGAUACUAUUUGUCGUUAAAUUGAGGUCAUUGGAUGCAUUGCAAGUGUCAGAAUAUAGAACUUGUUUGCGAGUUCUUACAGUUUAAAUGUUGUCAAUGAGAAUAUUUUAAAAUAUCUGUUUGGAAUAUUUCCUUUAGGACAAAAAGGCUGAUAUAUACAAGAACAAUUAAUUUCAAAUAUAUAUUUUGUGUAUUUUAUAUUUUUAAGCCUCUUUUUAACUUACUACCUUUGCACUGUAUAUAGACCCCACUCACCAACGUCUUACAAUGACGUGUCGCUGUAUUGUGCCGCCAUAUUGUCUGUCAUUGUCCGUAUUUUCAAUGGUCUCAAUUUAUCGUGCAAUUUAUAGUGCAAUUCAUGGAAGCCCCGGUGCUUUCAGACGCUGUAAACUCAUUGGAUGUGUUGCAUAAAAGGCGUUAUGUGGAAAAGCUUCGGUCGAUCCAUUCACCAGAUCCAUAUUUGAUGCCUAAAUCGAUAUUUUUCGACUCCCUGUCUUCGCCGUCUCUGCCUGACAUCUGCUACCCUGAUAUCUACAACCAUCUUGUCCACAGAAACUCAGCCUAUUCUCACGAAACUUUGAAAAACUUUAAUAGCAGCACUCUAAGCAACAUUACCCCGUGUGACCCUUCCAAUUUUCUAAAAUGGCGACAGUCAAUUAAAAAAAAAGUUGACUGCGAUGGCCGACACUUCAAGGAUAGGUGGAUAUUGGACUAUUUCUUCAAUAAAAUACACAACAACUGUGUCUGCCUCAUUUGCAAAGAGACAGUCGCUGUUUUCGAAGAGUUCGAUGUGACGCGAUAUUACCAAACAAGACACGCUGACAUGUACGGCAACAUUACAUAGCAGAUUCAUGGCGCAUUAAGCCCCCAAACUAUUUUUAAUUUGUCCGUUUUACCCUGGAAACCCCCGCUUACAGACAUCGCGCAACCGCUUUUGUUUCAACCCAGCCAUAAAACGA